AUGGACAACAUUACAGAGGGUGGCUCCUCUACACGCGUCGGAGUCUGCAACGAGCAGCCAUUGCCACUCGCCGAGCUGCCCGCCACACCAGUUCCUCACCCUUUGCCAGUCUGGAAGGGUGACGAGCCCCAAGGCCUGGUCGAAGGUUAUCGCCACAGAUCCCACGUGUCUGAAAGACCACCUUCGAUCAAGCCUUUGGAUUUUGAUGAGGCGCCAUUGAUCAACCGGUGGUCACUUCUCGCCAAUAGACCGAAGCACCAGCCCGGCCACGCUGCACGUCCCAGCAUCAGCUCACCAUACGCAUUCCGACGAAUCGACCAGACAGAAGCACAAAGGUUGAGCUUAGUGCCUCUGCGGCUUGGACCUGUUGUGCUUCGCGAAUCUCCUGUGCCACCUGAACUUCACAGCCCCGUUGAAAGACCUGCGGACAAGACAGUCAAGCAUGAGCGUUCUGAGUCUACGGAAGACCUUCUGCCAGUUGAUGGCCGACCCCAAUCAUACCGGGCCCACCGAGACAGCCCAUUCACCAGAUGCCAGCAGCGGAGUAGCACAGUAGGGCCAUUGCCGCAGCCACCACAGCCGGCUGCCAUUGCCACCGAGCAGCGAGCAGCGGUAUUCCACGAGCAACGUGCUACAAGGCCUUCGCUAUCAUCUCGGUCGUCGUCGAGCUCCUUGCGGCGAGCAAAUGGUGGUGACGUUAGCGUCGCAUCUUCCCUUAGCUCUCGGCCAUCCAACGAACGCAUGCGGCCAAAGCGGAAGCGGUCUCAACAGUCAAUUCGGCGUGGUGGGUCCGGGAACGAAGACCAGGAGCUUGAGAAAGAAGUCAUGGAGCUGAAUACGAUUGUCGAGGAGCGCAGAGCUGAGGCUGCAAGGACAGGCACGCCAGAUCAGCACGUAGCUGCCAUUGCUCCAAGAAUGCAGGUUCGCGCAAGGGCAGAGACUCUCAACGACAUUGGCUCUGCCUUUUCGAGGCCCAUCACAGCGCAGUCGUACUACCGCACCCCAAUGGCUUCGGACACUGCUGUCGAGCGACCAGUCCUCCGCCGCUCGGCAUCCGCAACGCUACGAGCCAGCUCGCGAGUGUCAGGAUGGCUGUCCGGGAUCUUCCCAUCCGCCUCAGUGUCGCAUCUCCCAAGCAGCGAGCCUUUCUACAAGUGCCAGUCAAGCCCACGCCCAUUGCAGCGAUCGGUCUCCCACAACUCCAUCUGCACAUUGACCGAGUCGGAGUCGCCUUCCCUUACCGCGGCCUCCUCUCCCACCACCAAGGGCCACAGCCGCUCUCACACUGGCGAGUCACGCGUCACGCCGCUCUCGCCGGCGCCAACACUCUGCGGAUACGGAGAGCUCGACGCCAAGAAGGGCAAGGAGGACCAUUGGCCCGUGGUCAUGACACCGACCAGCCAAGUCGGCCUCGCGUUGUAG